UGUGUGCUGUGCAGCUGAAUGCUCCAGGAUUAGCCUCAUCCCCUGUGUAUUAGCAGCCAGAGCUGCUGCUAGACCCCCAUUCAUUGAAGAGGAUCUGGGGACGGGGAGCAACGUGAGUCUCUUAAAGCCGGCUGCCCGGAAUCACUGGAGGAGCUCCGGGCAGCAGCUCAUGAUGUGCCUGGAGAGUGAUGGCCAGGGCACUGGGGGUAGCACCCAAGACUGCAUCCCCCAGGCUGGGGAGGGAAGGCUGGAGACCCUCUCUGGCAGGAUGAACCAUGUCACGACCCCUCUGGAUAUUAAAUCUGCAGACCUGGAGAGUGCCAGCAGCACCCCAACCGUGCCCAAGAAACAGCCCAACCUGAGACGUGCCAGGGUGGCAGCAGCUGGCAUACUGAGUGUGGGCAACGUGCUGAAUUACUUGGACAGAUACACUGUAGCAGGUGUAUUACUGGACAUUCAGCAACACUUUGGAGUCAAGGAUAGCGGAGCAGGUCUGCUGCAGACAGUUUUCAUCUGCAGCUUCAUGGUGGCCGCGCCAAUCUUUGGCUAUUUAGGAGACCGCUUCAACAGGAAAGUGAUUUUAAGUUGUGGCAUAUUCUUCUGGUCAAUAGUCACCUUCUCAAGCUCCUUCAUCCCAAAACAGUAUUUUUGGCUGCUUGUGCUCACUCGAGGUUUGGUAGGCAUUGGAGAAGCAAGUUAUUCAACCAUCGCUCCCACCAUCAUUGGGGAUUUGUUCACCAGGAAUACACGCACACUCAUGCUCUCAGUGUUUUACUUCGCCAUCCCUCUUGGAAGUGGUUUAGGAUACAUCACGGGUUCCAGUGUAAAACAAGUAGCAGGGGACUGGCGCUGGGCACUGCGGGUUUCCCCAGUGCUGGGCAUUAUAACAGGAACACUCUUGUUAAUUUUUGUGCCAACUUCAAAAAGGGGGCAUGCUGAACAGCUAAAAUCCAGGACUUGGGUCAAAGACAUGAGGGACCUAGUGCGAAACCGUAGCUAUGUCUUCUCUUCACUGGCAACUUCCACAGUAUCUUUUGCAACGGGUGCUUUGGGCAUGUGGAUUCCACUCUACCUGUACAGAGCUCAGGUGGUGCAGAAAACGAUGGAACCUUGUAAAUUUGCCCCAUGUAGUACCAAAGACAGUUUGAUUUUUGGAGCGAUCACCUGCAUCACUGGUUUUCUUGGUGUGAUCUUAGGGGCAGGAGCAACUAAAUGGUGUCGCCUGAAAACACAGCGUGCUGACCCACUUGUUUGCGCAGUCGGCAUGUUGGGUUCAGCAAUCUUCAUCUGCCUGGUGUUUGUAGCUGCCAAGAGCAGCAGCGUUGCUGCAUAUAUCUGUAUUUUUGCUGGAGAGACUCUGUUGUUUUCGAAUUGGGCCAUAACAGCUGACAUGCUAAUGUAUGUGGUUAUACCAACACGUCGAGCAACUGCUGUGGCCUUACAGAGCUUUACAUCACACCUUCUUGGCGAUGCUGGCAGCCCAUACCUAAUUGGCUUUAUCUCAGAUCUCAUCCGGCAGAGCACUGCAGAGUCCCCUCUCUGGGAGUUCCUGAGCCUUGGCUAUGCACUGAUGCUAUGCCCUUUUGUUGUCGUUUUGGGGGGCAUGUUUUUCCUGGCUACUGCACUUUUCUUUUUGGAGGACCGUGCCAGCGCUGAGCAACAUGAGUCGUGUUCAGAUCCGUUUACUGCUGGCAACUGUAGUGACUCUGAAGAAGCUUCCAUCUUGUAGCUUUUAGGGUGAGUCAACUCAUGAUGCCACCGGCUUCUGUGAAAGUCUGAUAAGGUGAAAUAAAGACGCAGGUGCUGGACAAAAAACAUUCACAACAAAAAUGUUGUGUUUUCCUGAAGGAUCUGUGAAGUCCUUGGCCGUCAGAGUCCUCUGAACCUUCCCAAUCUAUUGACGCUACCUUUAAGACCACCUGGGACAACAUACAAAUAUAACAUUGUUCUGAAAUUAUGAAGGCUUUAAGACUAUGCAUAGUGACUCCGGAUAUUUGAAGUGUUUUUUUUUUUUUUUUGCUGCCAGUAUGCUCUCUAAGGUAAAACCUGAGCCUUUGUCAUUCCAAAGUGUGACUGAAUACACUACAUCACACCGUGACUAUUGGGAAAAAAUACAGAAUAGCCCUGCUGUAAAUAUAACGCUUUUGUGCAGCUGAUACAUUCGAUGUAUUGCUGAUGUCGUUGACUGGGUUAAAUGUGAUCUAUUCUUUUGUUGAAGGAUUUGUUUCAGAUGAAGACCGAAUGUGUUUUACAUGUAAAUUAAGUGUAUAUACUUUUUAAAACUGUACAUAGAUAUAAAUAUAUGUGUAUAUAUUUUACACACAUCCACCCUUUAUUUAAGUCUUGGGCAUAGGGAAUGGCCCACAUUUAUACAGGUAUUGGAUAUUUAUUCUUUAAAAAGGCUGCACAGCUUUAAGAUGGAAUUUGAACAUGGCUAAUAAGUAUUGGAGCCAUGCUGCAUGUGUCAAUCCUUGAAUUAUGGAAUGAAUUAAAAUGAUUGUGAAGUUUUUUUCUUAAUUUAGAAGAAAUGGAUUUCGUUUUAGUCAGUCUACAGUUUACAGUCUUGUAUUGAAUACAAAAAUACUCCUUUCAAGUUUGCCAGAAUGUCAUAUCCUCUGAAUAUCAAAUGUAUUACAAAGCGAUGGUAUCUCCCACUUUAAAAAAAAUAGUACACAUAACAAUUGUGUAACCUUUGAUUUAUUAUGUUUAUAAAAGAAUACAUGUAUCUAGGAGCACCAACAUUGAUUGCAGACUAACAUAAUCAAUUAUGCCUUAAAGGAAAAGAAAUGUCAUCUGCUGCCUGCAUAAUAACUACAUUAGCCAUGCAGCAAGGCCCUAGCCAUCAGUCUUUCAAAUCACACAUUAUCCAAACAGCCGGGAAUAUUGCAGUCCACAAAAAUAUUCAUGUGGUUAGUGCCUAAACUGAAAGAUAAGAAUUUUUCUUCCACACGGCCAGGUAUCUUUGAGGUACCAUUCUUCCACAGACACAAAACCUGGAAUCAUUCUAUCCACAGACACCACCCAGUCUGUUAACUAGAAUUAAACAAACCGGUACAGAAUAUGCUAGUACCACAAACUGCAACUAUUUCCAGAUAUAAACAAAUAG